AUGCAAGGAGUUCACCUUGAAAGAUUGAACGAGCAGCUGCUACGUGACGAUCUCGGAGUUCAGCCUCUAGGACAUCGCUUGUUCCUGUUGGCCGAUCGCGACAAGCGGCUCAAGGCCUUGCAGGAGAAGGAGAGCGCGGAGCAUGCUGCUUCAGAUGGGAACGGCAACGAUGGCUCGUUCCGUCAUCGGUCCAGCUCGAGCGCACGGGGCCAUGGAGCACAACAAGCAGCUCACGGGAAGUCGAGGCUGUCGGAGGAUCUGCACGCAAGAGUGGUGGACAUCUCAAAAAGGAAAUGCAACAAGAGGAAGAACUGGUCCCGGGACGAGAAGGAAGUCGCUCUACAGGUUGUGGAGGCGCUGGAUGGCUGUGUGGCUAGAGCUUCCAAGUUCUUGAGGGAAGAGGUCGGAGGAUGCUUCGUCACCGUCUCCCGUCCACAGCUCUCCCUGUGGAAGAAGAAGAGGAACAGCGUGCACAAGAAGCGGGGCAGGAAGUCGACUUACUGCAAGGAGCUUCCCAAGAGCUCGCCAGUGCUGCCUCUCCCUCCUGAAGCUUCGGGCUUGCCGGCCUCUUCGGUUACAUGA